AUGAGAAGGGCAACAAGAACCAAAUUAUUGUCUUAGUAGCUUAGAACCCUAGUUUUUUUCCGAGUCUUGCGGCGCUCAACAGAUUGUGAGAGAGAGGGGAGAAUUCCAUUUUUUGGCUCUGAAUUUUCUUGGGUUUGACAAUCCGGCGCCCAGACGCCCACCUCCUCCGCUCGCAAGCGCCGUCGCCGCCGCAGCUCCCUUCUCCUCUACCGUGCUGCCACCGCCGCUCCCUCUCUGCGGUGUCAAAUAUGGCUCGGGGACCGUCUGAUUCAUCGAUCUUGGCCUCCCCUCCAGUUGAAUCGGUCGCCCGGAUGGAGUCAACAGGGCGCCGCCGCUGCCCUCUUCUCCUGUCCCUCUCUGCCUAGACGGAGUCAGUAGGCCGCCGCCACUGCCAUCUUCUCCUCUCCCUCUCCAUGAGAGCCUCGCUCAGUGCCAUGAGAAGGGAAGGGAGAGUGUCGGCUUGGCCAGGACCACGAUGAAGACAGCUGCGGCUCCGCGACAAUAGCUGCCUAGUCGUUCCUGUUCUCUUUUUUCCUUUUCGUUCUAGCUCAGUGCCAUAGGGCCAUGAGAAGGAAGUGGUUGGACCUUAGUUGUUGAUGAUUACAACCGUGAUUUGCUUCUAAUGUGUAAGCCUUGAUUUAGUUACAGUGCCAGUCUUGAUUUGCUUUUAAUGUGUAUGGCAUUCUUCAGUUAUAGUGUGUAGGUUGUGUGGAGAAAUUUCCCUCUGCAUGUACUUCAACACUGUCAUGUGUGAUCAAACUGUUUAGCUUGAAACAACACACGCUGCUACUCAAAUUUCUCUAUGCUGUGAUUAAUUGUUUCAGUUAGGAAUUGCAUAUACAGCUUUGGAGGGCAAAACGAUAUUGUUGAUAGGUUUAUUUGUUCCCAUUUGUGAUGCAGGGCAUAUUUAUGCGAUUUGGGGCUUUCGUUCAUUAUAUCAAGCUUAGGAUACCUUUGACAUGUAUGUAAUGAUUCUCUUUGGUUGCCAAGAUGCAGGUAUCCCUCCCAGUGCAUAUGAAGUGGAACAUAUCUAUGUGCUAUGUGAAAAGAUCUCAUUGUUUCGUGAUGAAGAUUUCUAUAUGAAAAAUUUUCAGGAUUGUGAAGUCUUCGAAUUAAGGAUUGUGAAGUCUUCGAAUUAUGAUGGCUAUGCACAAGUGGACACAAAAAUCACAAAUCGGGACAUGAACAUAGACUCUUUAGCUAGAACAUGGGAAAAAAAGGGUGCUAACAGACUUAGAAGUCAGAAAUGCAAAGUCUGUUUCAACUCAUCUGGUGACAACAAAGCGAUGCCACCUCUCUGUUCUUGA